GGGAAGAAAGUUGUUCCUGUGCAGAGGAGAUUGUGUCUAGGUUAUAUAUAGAAGUUCGCGGUAUCGUAGUCUUUUUUUUUUUUAAGAAAAUAUUUUAUUCUUGACGAUACUAGCGCGGCCAUGUUGUUCAAAACGGUAAUGAGAUGUUUACCUUUUGUGAAAAAUACGAGAAUUAUUGUAGCUCGUACAAGCGUAACUGCUACAAGUCCUGAACAUGCUGCCAUCGAGUAUCAUCACAACUUCCGGAAACGGACGGCAGAAGACAUGGCCGCUCUUAAUCCUUCGAAUCUUUGCAAACAGACUCUUCUCAAGUACAUGAGUCUACCACAGCCUGAACAUAAAAUUCAAUGCACUUAUGUUUGGAUUGAUGGAACUGGCGAGAACGUUCGAUCCAAAACGAAAACGUUAGAUUUUGUUCCAAAAGAUCCAUCAGAGCUCCCUGUCUGGGAUUAUGACGGUUCCAGCACGUACCAAGCCGAAGGUUCCAACUCAGAUGUUUACUUGCAUCCGGUAGCAUUAUAUAAAGAUCCUUUCAGAGGAGGCAAUAAUAAACUUGUCUUAUGCGAGACGUACAGAUUUAACAAGAAACCGACAGAUUCCAAUAAGCGGCAUUCUCUCGCGGAAGCUAUGACAAAGGCCAAGGAUUUCGCUCCUUGGUUUGGUUUAGAGCAAGAAUACACUUUUCUUGAUACCGAUGGGCAUCCUUUCGGGUGGCCUAAACAAGGUUUCCCAGGCCCUCAGGGUCCUUACUACUGCGGUAUUGGAGCGACGAAAGCCUAUGGAAGGGACAUAGUUGAAGCCCACUACAGAGCUUGCUUAUAUGCUGGCAUAACUAUUGGCGGUACAAACGCUGAAGUCAUGCCCGCUCAAUGGGAAUUUCAAGUAGGACCCUGUGAAGGUACCUCUAUUGGGGAUGAAGUAUGGAUGGCACGAUUUAUUCUACACCAAAUUGCUGAAGAAUUCGGCGUUGUUGUGUCUUUCGAUCCCAAACCCAUGCCUGGCAACUGGAAUGGAGCUGGAGCGCAUACCAAUUUCAGUACAAAACAGAUGCGAGAACCUGGCGGAUUAAAGUACGUAUGAAAAC